AUGAGCAACCAUGCAAAGCUGUCGAAACAGAAACCGCCUGAAAGUCCGGGCAUACGCAGCUGCGUGCAAAGGUAUGUGUUUAAAAACAUGCUAGACGCCGUUCCCGGGAAAUAUAAAGUUAUCAUUUGCGACCCCCCCUCAGCGGUGGUUCUCAAUAGUUUUGCGAGAAUGAAUGACCUCAUGGAACAUGGAGUCGCGUUAGUGGAGGACCUUAAAAAGAAACGGCAACCCUUAAUCUGCCUACCCGCCAUGUACUUCUUUGAUCCCAACGACGAGUCGGUGGAGCGCAUCAUUGAUGACUGGGAAGAAAAGGACCCGUACAAGGAGGUUCACCUUUUUGCCCUGGGAACGACCCCUGACAGUUACAUGCAACGACUUGCGCGCGCAAGAGUUGCGCAGAGAGUGACCGGUUUUAAAGAUAUGAUGCUGAAUUUCUUGGUCCCCGAGCGAUUAGUCUUCCACUUCAAUAUGCAGAAUGAUUUAUCAAGACUGAUGUUACCCAUGCAGUCACCACAGUGUGAGAGUUUUCUGUCUGAAGCCGCAGCGCGGCUAACACAAGUACUUCAUGCAAUGGGAGGUGGUAUUCCUGUUGUCCGCGCCCAGGGGAGAAGCCAGAGCUGCGAGGUAUUCUCUCGAUUACUGCUAGACGAACUGGCCAAGUUGGCCAUCAGUGUACCAAACUUUGAAAAUGGGGUUGACGACGACGGGGUGGACAGCAGUAAACCCGUGUUGAUUAUUCUCGAUAGGUCGUUCGACACCGUUACCCCGCUGAUGCACCACAGAACAUACCAAUGUUUACUGGAAGAUUUGAUGCCCCUCGAAAACGAUAUGUACGUGCAAAAGUUUGAAACACGCUCGGGGGAGCGCUCCACGCGUGAACUCUCCGUCGAUGAAGAGGACCCCUACUGGUGUCAGUACCGACAUCGGUUUUUCGCCGAGUGCAUGGAAGAGUUUCCUGCAGAACUCAAGAAACUCCACAAUGAGAAUCCCCAUCUGGUUAACACGAGGGAAGCAUCACCAAGCAUCACGGAACUUAGCAAUGUCACGCGGGUGCUCUCUACGUUUCAGAAGGAUCAAGGAAGGUUGUCUGUACACAUUGAUAUCUGCACAAAAAUUUUUAAUCUUUAUCGGGAACAAUGCCUCGAUGUUGUCUGCGAAGCAGAGCAGGAUAUAGCUGCUGGUCGUAAGUCGUUCAAAACGAACUUUGAAACGGUGCGGCACAUCAUAAAGGAUCAGGCAGUGCCGAGGGAUGUGCGACUGCGGCUGCUUUUGUUGCUGUCCGCUGCAACUGACACCUCUGAAUACUCAGAGGCAAAGAAACAAACGCUUAUCAAACAGUCAGAACUAACGGAGGUAGCUGGCGCCUUCUCUAAACUAGAACAACUGACGAGCAGAGUAGGAAAACUUAAUCCCGAGGGGCGGAAUGCAAAAACUUCGGCGGAAAAAGACCCUUUCAUCACGCAGACAUAUCAGAUUAUGGAAGCCUUGGCAGGGAACAAACUUGACACGGCGGACUAUAAGUAUGUGACACGGUCAGAUGAGUCCAGCGGGGAUGCCACUUCCAAUACCGCCCCUUCCGGCGGUGCGAACACAAAAAAGUCAUUGCGUGUGGCUCUGGGGUCGAGUGCGUUAUGGAGUGACAAAGGAUCCGCCAUAAGCGAUACGCUUAGCAGCGCCAGUGAAAAACCUCUCGCCGCUAUUGCCGCGCUCCCCCCGCUACCGAAGGCAGUACACGAUUUGGCGGGCACUGGGAACGUUGGUGGGCGGUCGAGCAAACAGCGCUUCGUAUUUUUUGUGUUGGGUGGAAUUACCUUCAGUGAAAUUCGAGCAGCGUAUGAGGCAACAAAGAAACUUGGGUGCGAGUUUAUCAUUGGAGGGACGUCCUUGCUUCGGCCGAAUGAGUUUGUUAAGGUACUGAGUGAAUAA